GGAUCUGAAGUCCAAAAAACCUUGUUCGAAGAUAAAGACAAUAUUGCUACGGUGUCUCUCAUCAAGACUUCUGAAGGCGUUAGAGUGACCGGAUUGCUGAACCCGAGUGAAAGAAUAGAGCCUGCUCCCUAUGAAGCGAGACAUGUUUCCGGAGGUCUACCGCAUUUUGUGCAACGAAUUCAACGACCUCUAGGGUCAAGAGAGGUUACACUCGAAGAAAGAAAAGAUACUCUACUCAGCGGGUAUAACGACACGAACAUGCCGGGCACAGUAACUGUUGAAGUCUACGUCGUGUCUGAUCUCAUCCACAACAAGAAAUUCACGAACAAUGACCUUUUGCUUUAUAUUUGCAUAUUCAUGAAUACCAUAAACGCCAUAUUUAUGAGCUUGACUUGCCCAAAGGUCCGAGUAGCACUCGUUGGAGUAGAAAAAAGCAGCCGGAUCGAUGAGAAUGAAUACAUUUUUGGUAAUGACAAACUAAUGAACGACAUGACCUCUCUAAACAUGUUCAAGCAGUACGCCUGGAAUAAGAAGAAAAAAUACGGAAAUCCGGAUAUUGUCCUAUUGCUUACAGGGCGUGACGUUUAUGAGAGUACCACUCAGGGUCUGAACAAAAAUAUUGCAGGAAUUGCGUACGAAGGUGGCAUAUGCACCGACAGCUACGUGGCUCUAGCCGAAGACGUUCCUGGUUCAUUCAGCGGCGUCAUCGACACAGCACAUGAACUUGGCCACAGCCUAGGCGCUUCACACGAUGGGAGCGAACCAAACAACCAUAUAAGAGGUCAUCCUGGAUCGAAAGAUUGUUCUGCUUCCAGCGGGCACUUAAUGACGUACGUCGAUGGUGGAUCCCUUCGCUACAGAUUCUCUGAGUGCAACCAGAAAGAAAUCCGUCAUGUCCUUCGGGUACGCGGGCAGGAAUGCUGGAAAAUGAACACUGCAAAGAUCUACACCGUAGAAGGCGUUUAUCCAGGUUCUGUGCUCAAACCGACGGAUUACUGCAAGAGAUUCUAUAGGAACAGCAAAGUAUACAGUUCUGCGGACUAUCGUCUUAAAAGCAACUGUAAAAUGAAGUGCUGUGCUUUGCUCUCAAGUGGAUACACAUGUGUUUUCCACCCAAUGCUUGACUACAUGUCUUGCAGUUAUAAAAAGAAAUGUUUCCAGGGUGUUUGUACAAGUGAAAAGGACCUGCCGAAGUACCGCUUUAAGAAUUCAAGUAUGAAUCAGCCAAGAGUUGCUGCUUAAAUAAAACUGUGCACAAAGAAUAGAGCAAUAAAGAUUUCUUUCAAUUCAA